AUGAUGUGGCUAUUUCUGACAACAGCUUGUUUGAUUUGUGGGACUCUAAAUGCUCAUGGAUUCUUGGAUUUGGAAAACGAAGUAAAUCCUGAAGUGUGGAUGAACACUAGUGAAAUCAUCACGUACAAUGGCUAUCCCAGCGAAGAGUACAAUGUGACCACUGCGGAUGGCUACAUACUCGCCAUCAACAGAAUUCCCUAUGGGAGGAGACACUCUAGCUACACAGGUCCCCGGCCAGUUGUGUACAUGCAACACGCUUUGUUUGCAGACACUGCUUACUGGCUUGAGAACUGUGCUAAUGGAAGCCUCGGGUUCAUUCUGGCAGAUGCAGGUUACGAUGUAUGGAUGGGAAAUAGUCGGGGAAAUACUUGGUCAAGAAGACACACAACACUCUCUGCAAAUGAAGAGAAAUUCUGGGCCUUUAGUUUUGAUGAAAUGGCCAAAUAUGAUCUACCAGGAGUAAUAGAUUUCAUUGUAAAUAAGACAGGCCAGGAGAAGUUGUAUUAUAUUGGUCAUUCACUUGGCACUACAAUAGGGUUUGUGGCCUUUUCCACCAUGCCUGAACUGGCACAAAGAAUCAAAUUGAAUUUUGCCUUGGGUCCUGUGAUGUCAUUCAAAUAUCCCACAAGCAUUUUCACAAGUUUUUUUCUACUUCCAAGUUCCAUAAUCAAGGCUAUGUUUGGUACCAAAGGUUUCUUUGUAGAAGAUAAUAAUAAAAAGAUAGCUUCUACAAAAAUCUGCAAUAAUAAAGCACUCUUACCAAUGUGUAUUGAAAUGUUGUCCCUAUGGGCUGGAUUCAACAAGAAAAAUAUGAAUGCAAGUCGAAUAGAUGUGUAUAUGGCUCACGCUCCCAGUGGAUCAUCAAUACAGAACAUUCUGCAUAUAAAACAGCUUUACCGAUCUGAUGAAUUCAGAGCUUAUGACUGGGGAAGCGAAGCAGAAAAUAUGCAUCAUUACAAUCAGAGUCGCCCUCCACUAUAUGACAUAACCACCAUGAAGGUACCUACUGCUGUUUGGGCUGGUGGACAUGACAGCCUUGUGACACCCCAGGAUGUGGCCAGGAUACUUCCUCAAAUUAAAAAUCUUAGUUAUUUUAGACUUUUGCCAGAUUGGAACCACUUUGAUUUUGUCUGGGGCCUUGAUGCCCCUCAACGGGUAUAUACUAAAAUCAUAGCUCUGAUGAAGGAGUAUCUCUAA